CAGACAACUCAUCCUGAGAAAACAGUCUCGUUUUAAGUCUAAUUCCAUCAGUCUUUGCAUCGGUGCUUGCCUCUGUUCAGGAUUAAUAGUUCAGGCAAAACACAAAAAUAUGACUACUUCGCGAGCCAUUUAGAUUAUCAAUGUUAUUACUAUCAUCAUUUAGCUAUCUUUUUAUCAUUAAUACCUAUUCAGUAUCAUAACUUUGUUGCUUAUUUUCUUUUCUUUUUUUUCUUUUUUUUGCUGAAAUUAUUCGUAUGACAUUCUAUACCUGCUUUCACGUUACUAUCAUCAAUGUCAUUUGCCUUUGCAGUAUCAAGUGUUUGUAACAAUGACGUAACAACAUUCAUGAUGAGUAUAAAAGGGUCUUCCUCCUUCAGCCGAACAUCACAGCUCACUCAGCUCCUCUGCGACCAACACUAACAUGUCUGCGAAACUGAUCCUCUUGGCGGGCGCCCUCGCGGCCCUGGCCUCCGCCGUGCCCCGUCCCGACACUCCUCCCGUCUACGGCCCUCCUCACCCGACCUACAAGCAGCCAGGAAUGCCCUUCGACUUCAGUUACGCCGUCAGGGACUACUCGGGCAACGACUACGCCCAUCAGGAGACCAGCGACGGUCACGUCACCUCCGGAUCGUACAGAGUGGUUCUUCCCGACGGCCGAACCGAGAUCGUGGAAUUCAGCGCCGAUCACGACAACGGCUACGUCGCCAACGUCGCCUAUGAGGGGGAGGCCUCCUACCCCUCCCCCUCCCCCUCCCCCUCCUACCACCCCGCACCCUCCUACCACGCCCCUGCCCCUUCCUACCCACCUCCCCCAGCCCACCCACACCAAUAA